AUGAGGACCUCCGUUCUCCUCGGCGCGCUUGUUCUGCUCGCCGCUCUGUUCGUCGCUGCCAAUGCCGUUCCUGAGGAUGUCUCUGCGGUGGAGGAUAGCAGGCGCGUCUUGAAGGAGGAAACCCCUAAAAUGUCGUGCAUGGAGGAGUUCAAGAAAAGCCGCAAGGAGUGCGUGAGGGAUCACAUGUGCUCAACGGACGAGUGCAUGACCAAGACCGACCGAUGCAUUGCCAAGGCGUACAAGCGCUUUAAGAUCUGCAAGUUCCCCCCGAAGAAGCAGGAGUCGCCGCCGCCGCCGCCGCCUUGCAAGAAGCUGUGCAAGAUGCUUUACGAGGCCUGCAAGAAGGACAACAAGGGCAGCUGCGGGAUGAAGUACAACAACUGCGUUAUGAACAACUGCUCUUAG